GCUAUAGUUGGAGCUGAUAGAAAUCCCCUCUGUCCGGAGCAGACAGUAGUGGCUUUGAUUAUUUUUUUUCUGUUUUUCCUUUUUUUUCUUCUUACGUUUCAUUUUGUUUGUAUAUUAUGUUAAAUUAAAUUCUGUGGUGUAUUUUUGCAUAGUUACAAGUACAUAAUAUAAGAGCGAAUGUAAAAGAUGAAAAAUGCGAAAGUGAAAACGACAAGAGACUGUUCCGACCAUUUUGGAGAUCAUGGAGGAUAUUUCGAUGUUGUUGUACGUCCAAUGUUGCAACAAGGUCACGAAGGAGAGCUAUGCGGUUGGUUGAAAGAAAUGAGUUUAAUUCGUACUGUUUCAAAUUGUCCUCAUUUGGAUUGUAAAGGAAGAAGUUUGGUUUGGAAUCCUGCCAGGAUAGUGGAUAAAUAUAAUUGGACUUGUCCUGAUUGUACUAAAAAACAAUCCAUCAGAGAGAAGUCCUUCUUUUUAGGAAUAAAAUGUGAUCUAAAGUUGUGCCUUCAAUUGAUAUUAGGAUGGUGUCAAAAGAUUUCUUAUGAGGAUGCUGCCUCAUAUCUUGAUAUUAAAACUCAUAUAGUUAAGAAAGUAUAUGAAAGAUGCGACGAAGUUUCAGAAACGUACGUGAUGAGUCAUCCGGAAGAUUGGAUCUUAGGAGAUAAGAGUGCAAUAGUGAUCGUCGAUGAAUUUCCAGGGGGUUGUAUGACUAGGAAUUAUAUCGAUACAUGUACUAAUAAAAAACGUAACAAUAAUUCUCAUACUAUAGUGUGUAUGGCUGAAGCAAAUACUUUGCCACCGCGUAUGUGGCUACAUAUGAUAGAAGCAAUCCCAGAGCCGAUCAAAAUGGAUAAUGUAAAAAAAGAUGUUAGUAAAUGUAGUAUGGUCGAAGAGGCCUUGAAAGAAAUAACACGGCACACAGUACCUGGAAGUUAUAUUAUAGCUAAUAAUAAAGCUCGUUGCUGUAGCUAUGAAUCAUUAUUAGAAUUAAAGCAAUAUAAAGUUAUUAGUGUUGAGCAAUUACAAAAAUUCGAUCCCCCAGGAAAGUGUAAACUUCUUGAGAAUUUGGAAACUAUUUGGCAAACAGGAGUAGAAAUAUGCGAAGAAAUUCAAGAGACUACUCAUUCGUUAGGCCAGCAUAUAAUAUCAAGGUAUCUAUGGAGACAAAGAUUUGGCUCUUCACCUUCAACAGCAUUUCAAUAUAUGUUAAAUCAUAUAGCUGAAUGUUUUCGAUUUACUUGAAUUUGAACCAUUUAUCAAUUCUAUCGAAUUUCGUCUUUUACAUUAUCAUUGUUAUUUCCCUUACUAUUACUAAUUUGGAUAUUACUGUUAUACAGAAAACAAAUUUUUUGGAUAAAUAAUUAAAAGUUAACAGUUUUAGAAUAUAUGGUAAUAGUGUUUUAAGUAUUAUGGUCUGCAUAGAUUGUAAUAUAAAGCUGUAGGUUGUAUAACUGUCUGUAUAGAUUGUAAUGAAAUAGCACAAAGUAUUUUCUGAAUAGGAUAGUGAGAGAUCGUAUUUUUGACAAAUUUUUACAAUAUUAACAGAAAUAUUUUUAGAAUUGUAAAAAAAAAAAAGAAAACUUUAUAAAAUAUUCUACCAGCACUUUAACACUAUGGAGAUAGUUAUUCGCAAAUUAAUAAUAUAUUUUAUAUAAAAUGUUGUCUUAUGGAUAGUGCAAAUUACUGUCAUUCAUGGUAAACACAUGUGCUACAUGUCUUCCAAUUUAUUUUUUGGAAUCUUGUACAUUAAAUUGUAUCUUUAAAAUUGUUGACAUCUUAUAGCUAUAUAUCAUUAUACAAGAUUAAAAAAUUAUCUUUAUUUCGAUUAAGUCAUAGAUUAUAUUUUUAAGUGUGUAAUGUUCCAAUGAUAUUUAUCAUUUUGAUUUAACAUAUUAUCAUAGAUACAGUCGGUGAUUUUGUACAGACUCCAUCAGAAGACUGAUGAUGUUGACAGUAAUGGAAUAUUUCCAGAUACUUUAAUACACUGAUACGAAAUACAUUAUUGCUUUUUUUAAUUCAUGUAUACAUUUUUUUUUUAUUAAUGCUCGUGUGCAUCGGUAAAAGGAAAAGUAUCUUAAAAGAUUUUCAGUUUAAACGUACGAAGUAUCACUUUAAUUAAGAUAUGAAAUAUUUUGAUAUUCCAGAAAAAAUAUAAAAGAGAGUGCAGUCAGUAUCAAUGACAAAAAUAUUAUCGACAAUCUUUCUUGUAAUUAAACUUGAAUCUGACGUAAUAUUUUUUAUGAACAUAAGUAGCAUCAUAUCCAAAGCGUUUUACCAGUAUUAUAACAAAUAUAAUUGUACAAGCAGGAUAAUAACCAGAAAAAUCAUAGGUUCUUGGAUUAAGUUGUGAAUGAAGUAAUUUAUACGAAGAACUAUUAUUGUGAUAGAAAAAAAAAAAAUUAUUGCUUAUAUUCCUAUUGAUUUUUCAUAUUCUAUAUUUAUUUCAAUUUUUGUUUUAGUAAAGAUUUAAAUCUUUACAAACAAAUCCUUUUCAAUUUGUACGAAACAAGUAAUAAUCAUUUAAUUUGUGAAAACGUAAAGCAUGAAGAUUCACUGAAUUCUACCAAAGUGUGUUACUUUUUAGACUUGUAUAAUGAUAUUAGAGACGCCUAUUCUUACUACUCGAUAUUUUAUAAAUAAAAUGUUCUUAUUAAGGAACUUUUGAUAUUUUUUCAAAGAUGAAAUCUGUAGCAAUACUAUUAUGAUUAUAUUUUCUACUAUAUAAAUGAAUAAGUAUAUAGAAAUGUAUUAAAAACUGUUAAGCACAUGAUAAGCACAUAUUCUUUAUAUUAUAAACUGUAAUUUGUGAUAAAAAUAAAUAUAACUAUAUUAUA